AUGUACAUACGCAAACAGCAGUGGUUGGUUGAACUUGACCUUUUCAGUUCCAGCCCUUUUGCUUGCUCAAGCAGUGGUGAUUCAUACGACGAAAGGGGUGCCGUCCGAUCAGCCGCCGUCAAAUCAACCAAAACACCCGUCGCGGUUUGCCCUCAACCCAAGAAGUCCAUUCCUGGACAGCAGGCAAAGCGGGACCUGAUUACCCGUCCCGCGACGCUUCGCGCAAGGUUUACGGCGGCCAGCCUGUCGGCGCUGAUGCUGAAGUCAUCGGCCCCAACCCUGCCGGAUAAACCAAGCAAGGACACGAUGACCAAGCCGAGCGUCGUGGUGGUGUCCGUGAAAGACGUGGGGCUAGAGGCCGCGGUCCCCGCUGUGAUCAUGGUAAAGGACGUGAUGAGCAUCCCAAUCGCCAGAGCACAACUGGAAAAUAGAAAGAUGCUGCUGGAUGGGGUGUUGAAGAAGGCAAACAAGAGCUGCAAGCCAAGACUGGAGGCUUUGGCGAUGCUAUGGUACAUGUAA